AUCGAGUUCAGAUUGAGCCUGUGCAGAUAGACGUUCAAGUUCAUCCCUUUUCAUCAGGCCCGCUCCGGUCUGAGUUUGAGAUUGAUAGGAUGGGCAGCCCCUGCGAGCGCUGCAAUGACCAGACGUUCGACGGCACUUGUUGGACCAAGGAGAAAGGAGCCGGAGAAUGCAGUCUCGGCACAUAUCCUGACAGCUUCCCCGAGCUCCCCGCACUGGCUCGGCUCGGAGAGACCUGCGAGACCUGCCACCUUGUCUGGGACGAGCUGACGAGCGCCAUCACGCCCGACUUGGAUUACUUUGAUGAGGGCGUCGACCCUCACCGAGACAUUGGCGUGACAUUGGCCUACGCUCUUGCGCGCGCCACUGACCCUGGAAUCCCCAGUAGUGGGUCGCUUUGGCUCCACGUCAAUAUUGAGCUGCCGCCCGGCACUCCCAGCAAGUCGCACUACAGCAUCAAGUUUCCCAUCAAGCCACUAACAGACAAGCUUGCGUCUUGGCUCGGUGUCGAACCUCUGCAGCCUUUCCUCUGCGCGCGAAACAUAGACCUCAUCAAGUCCACAUUAGCCGACUGCGAAAAGAACCACCCGCGAUGCCGCCCCAGAGGAUCUGGAACGUUCCUUCCAACUCGCUUGAUCGACCUUGGCUUAAAAGUCUCCAACUCGGUCCCCAAGCUCAUCAUUACCGCCAAGGAUUCCGAGGCUGGCAAUGCAGCAAAAUACGCAACCCUGAGCUACUGUUGGGGCCCACCCUUGGAAGCGGCUACACAGCUUACAACCACGAAGGAUACCAUAAGUCAGCGCCUCGAUGGCAUCCCCCUCGCCGUCAUGUCGAGGGUGAUGCAGGACGCCGUGGCAGCUUGCCGCGCAAUCGAUAUCCGCUAUUUAUGGAUCGACGCACUUUGCAUUAUUCAGGGUGACAGGACUGAUUGGGCGUACGAAAGCGAGCUGAUGGGCAAGGUGUACCACCACUCGCACCUUACAAUCUGCGCCACCGCAUCAGAAUCUUGCAACCAGGCCUUCCUAGAGCGAUCCAACGACGAUUGCGUUGUUUUCCCCUUCCGAUCCUCCGAGCGAGCUGACCUCUUGGGCGAGAAAAUGCUGCUGCAAAGGCCCGAGGAGGGGAACGACGGGGAAGAGUGGCUGGACCUGCCGGACCUGGGCCGUUCCCGAUGGGCCACUCGCGGCUGGGUUUACCAGGAGCAGAUGCUGUCCACGCGCUGCCUCGUCAUCGGGGCCGACAAGCUGCACAUCAACUGCCUCGAGAGGACAACUUCUGAGACGGGCCGCGUUCAUAACGUGCCGGGACGGGGCGUCUUGGCGGGCACCAUCGAUGCGGCCAGGCGGAUACUCGAGCGCCGGGACGGGGCGGCCUGGCAGGCCGCCGAGGACUGGGGUGAGGUCACCACGCGCUGCACGGACCGCUCCCUUACCGACCCGACCGACCGCCUGCCCUCCCUCGCCGGCCUGGCACAGCAGUUCGCCGAGGCCCUGGGGCUCUCGCCGGCCGACUAUGUGGCGGGCCUCUGGAAGCCCUUCUUUCCGGGUGGGCUUUUCUGGCGGUACAUCAUCACCCGCGGCUGCAUCGGCAGCCGUACGCUCCGGGAGCACCUGGGAGCUCUGCGGGCGCCCAGUCCCUUCAUAGCGCCGUCGUGGAGCCCGCUCGGGCAGGUUGGAGUCGCUGUCGUGCAGCACGUCCCCGACUUCCCGCUCAGGGGUCACGUCCGGGCAGAGUACGAGACAAUCGAGGGGACAACUGUGCGCGACAGCCCGAACCAUUACGGGACCACCACGUCCGGUCGGCUCAGAGUUGCGGCAAGGACGGUCCCCAUGCCGUCGGACCUGGUACUCCUUGAUAGGCCAGGCAGGGCGCAGCCGCACUGGAGAGCCAACAAGGGAGGCAAAUACGCGGCGUAUUGCGUCCUGGACUGGGCCGGAGAUCCGGCAGGGGAGCCGGCGGGGGACCUAGUGCUACUCCUCCUCUGCAGUGCCUGCUCGGGGGGUAGCGCGGACUUUUACGACUGGGACGACGGGCUGCGGUUUGAUAACGAGGAUGGCACUUACCCCGAGUCCAUCCGAGAAGUCAAGGAUGAGUUUUCCCAGCACCUACCCUGGGAUCUGGACGAAUGCCUCCCACCGAUGGAGGAAUGUCUCAUGUGUGCGAGCCCCUCGGGGCCGAAUAGGCACGCGUGGGGCCUCAUUCUCCACCCCUCGGACGAGCCGAACGUCUUCUUCCGCGUGGGCAUAUUUGCUUCCAGGGCGUGGGAAGCUGGUGGGACGGCCUUGUUUGACGGGACCCAGGGCGGGUUGCGAACUUUGGAUAUCAUCUAA